UUCUAGCCGCGGCUGGCUAAACUCGAUGGUUCGCUGCGCCGCGCCGGCCGCUCUAGCAACCCUUCGGUGUCACGCUUUGGUUUCCGGCUCCGUUCUGGCGGGUCUGAGCGCUCCGACUCCCAGAGAAGAGCUCUGCACGUGGAAAAGACCGGGGACUCCGCGACACUGCCCUCCCGACCCUCAUGUUCGAAGAGCCUGAGUGGGCCGAGGCGGCCCCAGUAGCCGCGGGCCUCGGGCCCGUAAUCUCACGACCUCAGCCUGCGGCUGCCUUGCAAUACAGAGGCUCCAAGGACCACCAGCUCUUGGCCACAUUACGGGCUCUAGAGGGAGCAUCUCUUUCCCAGCAUCCCCCCAGCCUACCUAGCAGUGACUCUGAAGAGGACGAGGAGGAAAGGAAGAAGAAAUGCCCCCAAAAGGCAUCGUUUGCCAGUGCCUCUGUUGAAGUGGGGAAGAAAGCGAAGAAGAAAUGUGAAAAACAGGGCCCACCUUGCAGUGACUCUGAGGAAGAAGUGGAAAGGAAGAAGAAAUGCCACAAACAGGCUCUUGUUGGCAGUGACUCUGCUGAAAAAGAGAAAAGAAAGAGGAAGUACCAGAAACAUGCCCCUAUAAAUUCAGCCCAGCACCUGGAUGGUGUUGACCAAACAGGUCCCAAAGCCUGGAAGGGUAGUACUACAAAUGAUCCACCGAAGCAAAGCCCUGGGUCCGUUUCCCCUAAACCCCCUCGUACAUUAAGCCGCAAGCAGUGGCGGAACCAGCAAAAGAACAAAAGAAGACAUAAGAACAAGUUUCGGCCACCUCAGGUGCCAGGCCAGGCUCCAGCUGAGGCCCCCACAGAGAAGACAGAGGUGCCUCCUGUUUCCAAGACAGACAGCCAUGAGGCUCGGGCAGGGGAUUUGCGAGCCCGCAUGGCACAGCGGCUGGAUGGCGCCCGAUUUCGCUACCUCAAUGAACAGCUGUACUCAGGGCCCAGCAGUGCUGCACAGCGUCUCUUCCAGGAAGACCCUGAGGCUUUUCUUGUCUACCACCGCGGCUUCCAGAGCCAGGUGAAGAAGUGGCCACUGCAGCCAGUGGACUGCAUCGCCAGAGAUCUUCGCCAGCGGCCUGCAUCCCUAGUGGUGGCUGACUUCGGUUGUGGGGAUUGCCGCUUGGCUUCAAGUAUCCGGAACCCUGUGCAUUGCUUUGACUUGGCUUCUCUGGAUCCUCGGGUCACUGUGUGUGACAUGGCCCAGGUUCCUCUGGAGGAUGAGUCUGUGGAUGUGGCUGUGUUUUGCCUUUCACUGAUGGGAACCAACAUCAGGGACUUCUUAGAGGAGGCAAAUCGAGUACUGAAGCCAGGGGGUCUCCUGAAAGUGGCUGAGGUCAGCAGCCGCUUUGAGGAUGUUUGGACCUUUCUUCGGGCUAUGACCAAGCUGGGCUUCAAGAUUGUCUCCAAGGUGAGGGCCCCAAGAAGUCUGUACCUGUUUUUGUCUCAUGUGGCCCUUUUCAGGGUACUGGUGUUCAGGAAGGAGGCUUCACGCACAGGAACAGACAUUUUGCUCCCCAACGGAGGUGGGAGCCCUGGAAGCUUUCUGAGCAGAGGCAGUACGUAGAGGGAGGUGUUUUAAGGAGUUGGGAUGAGGAUUUGGUUCUCACUGGGUCUUUUCUGCCCCUAGGACCUGACCAACAGCCAUUUCUUCCUGUUUGAUUUCCAAAAGACUGGGCCCCCUCAGGUAGGACCCAAGGCUCAACUUUCAGGCCUGAAGCUUCAUCCAUGUCUCUACAAGCACAGGUGACCUCUGGAUCUUCCUUGAAAGGGGAGGCAGAGCUCCAACUCCAGGCUCAGAACUGUGAGGACUGUUUGCAGCCUGGCUGUAAGCCAAGACCUGGUUCCUGGUGGACCCCCAGGACAAAGUGAUAAAAUCGCUGACUCAGCCGGGCACGUUGGCUCACGCCUGUAAUCCAAGCACUUUGGGAGGCCAAGGCAGGCGGAUCAUGAGGUCAGCAGAUCAAGACCAUCCUCCUGGGUAACACAGUGAAACCCCGUCU